AUGUGGCUUAACAACCAGUAUCGCACUAGGCGUGCACUGGAGGAUCUCAGCGAGUUCGAGGUGAUACAAAAUUAUCGCUUAUCGACUCGCGACAUAUAUUCGCUGUACGCUCUGUUGGAGGCCGACUUGGAACCUCGGGCACGGUCAAAUCGUGCAAUCAGCGGUUUUCAGAAACUGCUGGGGACGUUACAUUUUUUGGCGUCAGGCACAUUCCAGCCUACACUGUCUCAAACAUGCGGUUUUUCUCAGUCGACUCUGUCGCGCUGUAUAACCCAAGUCAUUAGGGCUUUCCGCAAAUUGACGAUCCAGUACAUCACAUUUCCAGAGACGGACAGCGAAUGUCGUGAGAUCAAAUUAGGCUUUUUCAACAAAUACAAAUUUCCCAAUGUGCUGGGCGCGAUUGACUGUACCCACGUGCAGAUCAGACCGCCACGGAAUUCAGAGGAAUGUUUUCGGAACCGAAAACAGUUCCAUUCCCUGAACGUGCAGGCGGUCUGUGAUGUAAACAUGAGAUUUUUGAACAUUUUUGUGGGAUUUCCUGGAUCAUCUCACGACUCCUUCAUCCUAAGCCAGUUUGACAAGUUCGAAACAGGAAACAUGCCUGGUGGCUGGCUGUUAGGCGAUGCGGGUUAUCCAAACAAACCGUGGCUGUUGACCCCAUUGUCUAAUCCUGUUGGUAGAGCAGAAAAACGUUACCAAGAGAAACACAUUGCAUCGAGGGGAAUAAUUGAGCGUGCCUUCGGUGUACUUAAAAGCCGGUUUCGAUGUUUAGACACUUCCGGCGGUGCUCUUUUGUACUCACCGUCGAAGGUUUGCGGCAUGGUAAAUGCAUGUUGUAUUUUACACAACAUAUGUGUCGCAAACCGUUUGCCGGUGACUCUUCGUCGUAGUGCUUUCCUACGCGGGAACCGUUCUUCUGCUCUACCGGUGGGUAUGGACGAAGGAGAGGAUUCCCGGCGGACAUUGAUCCAAAAAUUUUUUGCAGUUGCCUAGUUUUACAUCCUGUUGAUGUAUAUCCCCAGGCCGUGUAUAUACAGUUCGUUCCCCCCUGUUUUAUCCUGUUGUUGGUUUACCGCAAAUAUUUGACCCUUUUAUGCAACUCUACCAUGGGCGACCUACUGGUGAUGUGGACCUGACCCUCCGCCAUGUAGCAGACAACCCCCUCAGGUCCUGCGGUGUAUCUUCCCAAGUGGCGUGGAUGUGAGGAGACACGACAUUUCACCCGAUGUUCCAUGGGCGACCUACUGGUGAUGUGGACCUGACCCUUCCGCCAUGUAGCAGACAACCACCUCAGGUCCUGCGGUGUAUCUUCCCAAGUGGCGUGGAUGUGAGGAGACACGACAUUUCACCUGAUGUUCCAUGGGUGACCCUACUGGUGAUGUGGACCUGACCCUCCGCCAUGUAGCAGACAACCCCCUCAGGUCCUGCGGUGUAUCUUCCCAAGUGGCGUGGAUGUGAGGAGACACGACAUUUCACCCGAUGUUCCAUGGGCGACCUACUGGUGAUGUGGACCUGACCCUUCCGCCAUGUAGCAGACAACCACCUCAGGUCCUGCGGUGUAUCUUCCCAAGUGGCGUGGAUGUGAGGAGACACGACAUUUCACCCGAUGUUCCAUGGGCGACCUACUGGUGAUGUGGACCUGACCCUUCCGCCAUGUAGCAGACAACCACCUCAGGUCCUGCGGUGUAUCUUCCCAAGUGGCGUGGAUGUGAGGAGACACAACAUUUCACCUGAUGUUCCAUGGGUGACCCUACUGGUGAUGUGGACCUGACCCUUCCGCCAUGUAGCAGACAACCACCUCAGGUCUUCCGGUGUAUCCUUCCUAAGUGGCGUGGAUGUGAAGAGACAGUUCCCCUGAUGUUCCCUGGGCAAUCUACUUACGUACAAUUCAACUGCAUUACAAAUUUUAAUAAAAACCACAGGAAACUUCUAUUUUUAAAAGUUUAU